CUUUUUCGGGGGGUGGGUGGGGGAGGGAGGUUAACGUUUGCAGUUCCCUAAGGGAAAGAUCCCACCAGCCAACCCAGCUCCGCCACUACUGCAUCCAUCCAUUCAUUUUUAUGGUCACUAACAGCCUAUCCCGGUAGUGGAAGGUGCAGAGAAGUGGGAGGCAGGGAGAGAGAUAGAGAGAGAGAGAUCCGGACAGCGAGAAUGGCCGAGAGAAAGAGGAACUGGAAUAAAGAAGAUGACCUGCCUGUGUAUCUAGCUAGGCCGGGCACGACAGCCCAGACACCGCGACAGAAAUACGGGGGAAUGUUCGCCUCCGUGGAGGGGGCCUAUGAGAACAAAACCAUCGACUUCGACGCCUACAGCGUGGGGAAGAAGGGGUCCCGGACCCCGCGGAGCGGCAGCCGGCACGACAUGCUGGACGGAGGGGACAACUACAGCGAGACCGCCAGCGACAUCAGCGAGAUCUCCGGCUCCGUCAUCAGCUCCCCGGGAGACCGGGACGACAAGACCCCGGGCGUGGAGAUCAAAUACCCCAUGGGGAAGGAGCUGCUGCAGGGCCAGGACAAUGGACAGAGUGACCGACUGCUCAUUAAAGGUGGAAGAAUUAUCAAUGAUGACCAUUCCUUCUAUGCAGACCUCUACCUUGAAGAUGGACUAAUAAAGCAAAUAGGAGAGAAUCUGAUUGUCCCUGGAGGAGUCAAGACCAUAGAGGCUAAUGGGCGCAUGGUUAUUCCUGGGGGAAUAGAUGUCAACACUUACCUACAAAAGCCCUACCAGGGGAUGACUGCUGUUGAUGACUUCUAUCAAGGCACAAAAGCAGCGCUAGCAGGGGGCACCACCAUGAUCAUUGAUCAUGUGCUUCCAGAACCUGGAUCAAGUUUACUGACCUCCUUUGAGAAGUGGCAUGAGGCAGCUGAUACCAAAUCCUGUUGUGAUUAUGCUCUCCAUGUGGACAUCACCAGCUGGUAUGAUGGGAUCCGAGAAGAGCUGGAAGUGCUUGUGCAAGACAAAGGUGUGAACUCUUUUCAAGUCUACAUGGCCUACAAAGAUCUCUACCAAAUGUCCGACAGCCAGCUUUAUGAAGCCUUUACCUUUCUAAAGAGUCUUGGGGCUGUUAUCCUGGUCCAUGCUGAAAAUGGAGACUUGAUAGCUCAGGAACAAAAGCGUAUUCUGGAGAUGGGAAUCACUGGACCUGAGGGACAUGCCCUGAGCAGGCCAGAGGAGCUUGAAGCAGAAGCAGUUUUCCGUGCCAUCACGAUUGCCAGUCGAAUAAACUGCCCAGUGUACAUCACCAAGGUGAUGAGUAAGAGUGCAGCUGAUAUCAUUGCACUGGCCAGGAAGAGAGGUCCCCUUGUUUUUGGAGAACCGAUCACUGCCAGCUUGGGGACAGAUGGGACACAUUACUGGAGCAAAAACUGGGCCAAGGCUGCAGCUUUUGUGACCUCACCACCUCUGAGCCCUGACCCUACCACUCCAGACCACUUAAAUUCGCUCUUAGCAUGUGGGGACCUGCAGGUGACGGGAAGUGGACAUUGCCCCUAUAGCACUGCCCAGAAAGCCAUUGGAAAGGACAACUUCACUAUGAUUCCUGAAGGGGUCAAUGGAAUUGAGGAAAGGAUGACUGUUGUCUGGGACAAGGCUGUAGCCACAGGCAAGAUGGACGAGAGCCAGUUUGUAGCUGUCACCAGCACCAAUGCUGCCAAAAUCUUUAACCUGUAUCCAAGAAAAGGCCGGAUUGCUGUAGGAUCUGAUGCUGAUGUUGUUAUUUGGGACCCUGAUAAGGUGAAGACUAUAACAGCCAAAAGCCAUAAAUCGGCCAUUGAGUACAACAUCUUUGAAGGAAUGGAGUGCCAUGGUGCCCCACUCGUGGUCAUAAGCCAAGGGAAGAUUGUGUUUGAAGAUGGAAAUCUGCACGUAAAUAAGGGAAUGGGCCGCUUCAUCCCUCGCAAACCUUUCCCUGAAUAUCUUUACCAGCGCAUCAAAAUCAGGAAUAAGGUGGGAGGACUGCAAGGAGUCUCCAGAGGAAUGUACGAUGGACCUGUCUAUGAAAUCCCAGCUACGCCAAAAUACGCCACUCCUGCACCAUCAACUAAAUCCUCCCCUGCCAAAAACCAGCCCCCACCAAUCAGAAACCUCCAUCAAUCCAAUUUCAGCUUAUCAGGAGCUCAGAUUGAUGACAACAACCCACGUCGUACUGGCCACCGCAUCGUGGCACCUCCUGGUGGGCGCUCUAAUAUUACCAGUCUUGGCUGAAAAAUGAUGAUGGACAGAAACACAAGGAUGAAGGAUCAUGGGAAUAAUGUCCAUUCCCUUCAAUAGCUGUGUUAUCGAGCCCACAGUUUUAUUUGGUACUAACGGAAAUAAAAACUGAAAUGUCUUUCUUUUUUUUUUUUUUUCUUUUUUUUUUCUUUUUUAAUUUUUUUUUUUGUAUAGAAAGAGGUGAUAAUAGUGUGGUGUGUUUGCUUGGAACUACUUGCCUCACAAUUGUGCUUUCAUGCCAUAGUCACCUUAAAGCAUGGUGCUUCCAUUGCCCCUUUAGUGACUACAGGUUUUAGCUUUGUCUCGUAACUGAAUGAUGGUUCCUUUGCACCCUUUUGCUGUAUUAGAGUAGUUAAUGCAUGUUACUGAGUUAUUUAUGCAAGUGGCAUUCUGUGAGUGAGUCCCUUUAGAACACAUUGCCAACGAUUGACUAGACACAAUGCCAAGAUUAAUGUCUGUAUUUGAGAAACACCACCAAAAACACUAAUGAAGGAAGAAAAUGGCCAUCUGGAAAGUAAGCAGUAGAGUAGUAUAGGCAGCUUCUGUUUAAUCUUUAAUUUAUUAUAAACCCAAGAAGCACUUCUCUCAAGACACAGAAACUCAUUGGGACACGUAAUGACAAAUGGUCUCUGUAGCACCUGUCUGCUCCCACUCAGUACAUUCCAAGUCUGUGUCCUUCUUGUUUCCAUUUUAGACAGAGCCAUAAUUCUUACAUACCAAUGCCAUUGCCACCCCUGCAGGGAUUUCUCCACCUGGGCAGUAGUGCUCUCCUUCUGCAUGAGAUUUUUGGUACUUACAGAUAAUCCAAGUUGCUGUCGGAUUUUUAAAGUUUUUUGUACAAAUUUUUUCCUUUGUAAUCACAUGCAUUUUUACUUACUCUACCGUAUCAAGAUCUACUAGUCGUGGUUCAAUUUCUGAAUUCAAAGCUCGUGAAAUAAAGGAAAUUAAUUGA